UCAAACCCCAAACUUAGUCAUAUAUGCCAAGGUUUCACCCACAAUAAAUAUCUAAACAUUUUCUCGGUUGUAGGCUAAAUUCAGAAAUUGUAUCCAGAAAAUGAACCAGGACGAUGACAUACCCACUAUCCCCGAGGAGGUUGUUGACUACCUGCGAAAGCUUCGAAAACGCGAGCGCCAACUCCUCUACAAGAAGAAGUUUCUCAAGACUCGCUUCUUGGAUAUGGGUGACCGCCUGAAGCUUCUUCAGGGUCGAAAUGAGGAUCUGCCAUGUAUGGUAUCUGCGAAGAAUGUCUACCAGCUGAGCACAGUGCGCCUGGUGCGGGAGAAUCUUGUCAGCAUGCUGAGUGCCACCUCGGAGGACUAUGUCAAGUGCUACCUGGAGCUGAGUCUGGUGCAGAGGAGUCUAAGCGAGGAUUUACAGACAAUUCGCAGGAAUCUUGAACAAGACCAAAUGCAAACAAAUUCAAUUGAACAAAAUUAAAAGCUAAAAAAGAGAAAACUAAUAAAUCUGGAAUUUUUUAUUAUAAAAAUAAUAAAUGGAUGUGAUUUAUGCUUCUCUUAAAAGUAA